CUCUUAGAUCAACGAACUCAGCAAUGUUCCCGUCCCUGUCAUGUUGAUGCCCGAUGACUUUAAAGCCUACAGUAAGAUUAAGGUGGACAAUCAUCUAUUCAACAAGGAAAACUUGCCAAGUCGCUUUAAAUUUAAGGAGUAUUGUCCACUGGUGUUCCGAAACCUCCGGGAAAGAUUUGGGAUUGACGAUCAAGACUACCAGAACUCGGUGACACGGAGCGCCCCGGUGAACAGCGACAGCCAGGGCCGAUGUGGGGCCCGGUUCCUCACCACCUACGACAGGAGGUUUGUCAUUAAGGCGGUGUCGAGCGAGGACGUAGCAGAGAUGCACAACAUCUUAAAGAAGUACCAUCAGUUCAUCGUGGAGUGUCAUGGGAACACCCUCCUGCCCCAGUUCCUGGGCAUGUAUCGGCUCACCGUGGAUGGAGUGGAGACCUACAUGGUGGUUACCAGAAACGUAUUUAGUCACAGGCUGACUGUGCACCGGAAAUAUGACCUGAAGGGCUCAACAGUAUCCAGGGAAGCAAGCGAUAAAGAGAAGGCCAAGGACCUACCAACGUUCAAGGACAACGACUUCUUGAAUGAGGGUCAGAAGCUGCACGUUGGAGAAGAGAGUAAAAAGAACUUCCUUGAAAAGCUGAAGCGGGAUGUGGAGUUUUUAGCUCAGCUGAAGAUUAUGGACUACAGCUUGCUGGUUGGGAUCCACGACGUCGACCGAGCAGAGCAGGAAGAGAUGGAAGUGGAGGAUCGGGCAGAGGAUGAGGAGUGUGAGAACGAUGGUCUGGGAGGCAACCCCAUUUCCUCCUAUGGCACCCCCCCUGACAGCCCUGGCAACCUCCUCAACUACCCUCGCUUCUUCGGGCCCGGAGAGUUCGAUCCUUCCGUCGAUGUCUACGCCAUGAAAAGCCACGAAAGUGCCCCCAAGAAGGAAGUGUACUUCAUGGCCAUUAUAGACAUUCUUACGCCAUACGAUGCGAAGAAGAAAGCUGCACAUGCUGCCAAAACGGUGAAACACGGGGCUGGGGCAGAGAUCUCCACCGUGAACCCAGAGCAGUACUCGAAACGCUUCAACGAAUUUAUCUCCAAUAUCCUGACAUAGUCGUCUCCAGCCUUCAGCGAGAAAUGAAGAGAAGAGGGGGCUACUUCCAAACAGAGAACGCAGCCUGUGACACUAAAACAGACACUGUAGCAGCAUGUGGGGUGUGCGUGUGUGUGUGUGUGUGUGUGCAAGAGCGAGUGUGUGGCACUGUGUGACUUAAGAGAAAAAAAACUAAUUCUAGGUGCACCCUCCAACAGUCCACUUGACCCAGGUGGAAAAGUGGGUUUUUAUGUUACAAGAAGUGCCCAGACAUAGAUUUUGAGGGCUUUUUAAAACAAGAAAAAAAAGUGCAUUGUUUCAGCACUGCUCUUUCUAAUGACGUUUUCUCCUCUCUGAUCCAGAGAAUCCCACAGGGAUACGAGACGUGGCACUGUCUGAAAGGGGUCGCUCUAGAUCACGGUCAGUGGGAGUGAAGCAGUGCCUGAUUCCACAAACUACUACUUUUUUUUCUUUUUUCUUUCUUUUUUUUUUUUUUAUUAUUGGACUGUCUUUACCAGAAAGACAUACAAGCCCUUUUAUUUCCCUCUUGGUAGGAAUUGGAAGGAAAAUAGCUCAUCAUUUCAAGGAUGGAAAAUAUUACUCUGAUAAGGAGGAGUCGCUGAACUUUAGGUAAAUUCAGACUGGGACACUUUAUAUUUUUUUGGUUAAUUUAAGUAACAAAAAACUUUCUUUUUUUUUCUUUUCUUUUUUUUUUUGUAACUGCACUUGAUUUACAAGAAAGACGAGGGAAAUGAACAUCUACCAAAGAUGAUCGCUUCAAAAGGUGUAACUCCUAGAACCUAAAAAAACCACAAAAAAACCAGUGUGAGAGGUAGUAGAGGCAUUGAACAACCUCAGAUAAUAACGUGCUCGGACCCGUUGUGCUUUAAAUUGGCCAAUUAUGAGGAUUUCCUAAGAGAAAAGAGAAAAAAAAACAAAAGAGAAAUAACAAAAGCAUUUUGUACCUGUAGAUACGGGAUAGUAUUGACUAUCUGGAAGGUUUCCCUCAGUCAGGAGCUGCCGUCUCUCUUAGAUCCCAGCUUCACGCCGCGGUUCUGCCAGUGUUAAUCUAGCUAAUGUUCAGUCUUCCUUCCUCGCCCCAUCUGCAACAGGUACUUGAAUUUGUUUCCCGACGGGAGGUUCUUUGCUUAGUGGGUGUAAUUUUUUUUCCAUGGCAAUGUGACUUGCACACGAAGGAGUUGGACUGGUUACCGGUGGGGAGUGCUGGGAGCUGUGACUGGAGCCAGUUCCGCCGCUCGAGAGGACUCGGGACUUGAGCUGUGAUUCUUUUGACUCUUCUCUGCUCCGUUCCCCUCCCGAGAGCCACAGUCGAGGAGUGGAAACGUUUGAACACUUGGCGCCAGAUUAUUUUCUCCCCCCGACUCUUAAGGGAUUGGAACUGAUUUGUGUGACUGAAUAACGUCCUGUUUUGUCUCCAGAAAGCUUGUAAUAUUUUUCACAGCCAAGCUUGUCAGACGCGCGUUGGGUUUCGUUAGCUCUGCUGCACAACACUUACAAAUCUUUUGGUUCUUUUUGGUUUUUUCUUUUUUUUUCUUUUUUUUUUUUUAAAUUUUUCUUUCCGAGCAGGAUUUAGCGUUUUGAACAAAACCUCUUGCAGUUGAAACAUGUCGCUUAUCUGCCUUGAAACUGUUUUUUCACAUAUGCCUUUGUUUGGGGAAUCCGCUGUUGGGAAUGUCUGUCCUGUGCUGUAACGCGUGCUACAGUUUGCUGUGUGGAAUUUGGUCCUUUUGAGAGAAAACUGGUGCUCAUCACAUCCCGGUAACUUCCCUAGACUUAACACUAGCUCUGGUCUGGAUUCGGAAUGUGGGCUUGGGGUUGGUUUUGGCUUUUUUUUUUUAUGAUCAUCCCCACAUUCGUGACGUGAAUCCCACAGGUCUCAACUUCCAAGGGGACAAAAAGGGGGCUGAUGUUUCAGCCCGUACGAGUGCACUGUAAAUAGAGUCUGAAAAAUGAGUAUUAGGGCUCAGAAUGGAAUACGAAUUUUUUUUUUUAUUAUUAUUAUUAUUAUUCAUUCAUGGGUCAUUCCCUUUGCCGUGGGACAAAUUUUUUUUCUGCCACUGUCGUCCAGUCCCUCCCCUGUGUGAUGUGGGGGCUCACACACCGCUCUCGGGGGGGGCAGAGACUCUCGUGUCGCUGGAAAAGCCACGAAACAAACGCAGCUAUGAGAAUCCUUAAAAAAAAAAGGGAGGACUUAGAGGGUAUCAUCAGCUUAGUUUUGUGGGCAUUAUAUCGGUUGCUUUUCUCUUAAACAAGAAGCACUUAAGUUUACUGUCAAUUAGAAAUUAAAUACCGGUCACUUUUUUUUUUAUUCUUGACAGUUUUAAAAAUCCGCAUUGAAUCUGCAACUUUGGCCUGGUAAGUUUGCCCUUCUCCUCUUGGGAAACUGGCUUGGACCUUUUUAAACUGUUUCUCUUGAAAUCAUGUAUUAAAAAAGAUGAGGAAAAAAGGGGGGAGGAAGAGAAGAGAGAAGGAAAUUGGUGGACUGCAGGCAGCCUGCAGCGAGACACCACGAAACAAACACCCCAAAGAGAGGAGGUGAAUGAUGAAUCUUAACGUUGCUUGGAGCAACAGCCUCAUUCCCUGAGUUUCACAAAGAGGAAUGAAAUGAAAAAGCAGGUAGUUCCUGCAGGAAUCCUUACAGAAGUCGCGAUUGGAAGGGCUGGAGAGCAAGUUCACUCUAUUUUCUUAUUCCACUCCAAGGAAACUCCUGCUGUAGAAUUCAAUUGGCUGCCUCUGGCUCGAGUGAGACCGAAAAGCCCCAUAAACUCCAUUCACUUUAGCACUUCCCCAGUUCCGCCACUUCUGUCAAGUUGCCAUACUGUGUGUAUUAAAGUAAUUAAAUGCAAUUCUCUCACUUAAUGAUGUAUUACCCAGGUAUGUAACUUUGUUUAACAUACGCAUUUUUGUAUAUUGUUUACAUUUUGAAAGGUAGCAUUGCGUUAAAAAUGCUAAUUUUUGUUUCUAGACAGUAUUUUUAUUACCAGAAUAAGAAGUGAAGCUGCAAAUAUUUGAUUCGUUUUUAAAAGGGACUUUUUUUCUUUUGGUUUUGUUGUUUUGUUUUGGGUUUGUUUUUUUUGUUGUUUGGGUUGGGUUUUUUUUUUUUUGUUUGGGUUUUUUGUUUUUUUUUUUAAAUCUUGUUUUAGGUCACUUUUUUUAACUCGAGUAUUUAAAAGGAGAACCCAGCCCUUUCAAUUCUGGUUUUCCAACUGCUUGUGCUAGUUUGUUGUCUGUUUUCUGGUGUGAAUUUAGUUCUAGUUUUGCUGAAUGUAGAUAUUUCUGUCUGUAGCCUGUGCCCUGAUGAACACUUUAGGCUGAAGCGCAGUUGACUGAAAACCACCCUGGGCUGUGGGCACCACGGCAGGCGGCCACAUCGCUCCCAUCCCGCUCAGAACAUGGGAUUUAUUUAUUUUUCCAAGAGAUUUCAGAGAUUUUGGUCAACUGGAGUUUUAAAAAAGAAAAAAAAUAAUCAUAGCAUGCGGCGUCUCUCUCCGACGCCCCGGAGCAGGGUGGUUUUUGGGUGAGAAGUGAACAGUGGGAGUUGAAUUCCUGCCUGUGAUGAGGUUCUUUCUGAGCACAGGGCCUGAUCUGUCCAGAUUUAAGACCAAAAAAAAACUGCUUUGAAGGUAGAGCUUCCAUCUCCCCCCCGUGGAUCUGGCUCCAGUGUGAAUCAGAGUAAAGGGAGAGGUCAGGGGGGGUGUGGAAUAGCAGUUUGGGUGCUGUUCUGCCCCAAAAAUGCACUAGAAACCACAGGAGAACACAUUGGGUCACCCUUUGGUGGGACCCCCCGUGUUCUGGAGGUACCAGGGAACACCCACCCGUGGGGUGGGCACCAGGAAAAAGGGCUGGGAUUUGCUGUUUGUGUAAGAAAACUGUCAGCAGGAGGUGGCUUCUCACAGCAAGGAGCGGGUGGGAUCCCUCCCGCCGGCCUCGUUACACGCCUCUGAUUGACCUGGUUUUAAUUAGAAAAGUAAAAACUCAUCACGGGGAGAACUUCUGGGGUAGUAGGUGACUCCAGAUUUCCUGCACAGGAGAGGCUCUACCUCCUGCCUCCCCCAGUCCCAGUUCCCAACUGGGAUUAUCAUAAAUUGGCAAAACCACUUCAAACGCUGCAGUCUCACUUCCUUUUUUUUGGGUGGAAACUCCUGGUUUUCCCCCUCCAGGGCGCUGCCACCCCUCCCUUUGGUGGAGACGUCACCUGGGGACUCACCUUUUAGCCCAAGGAAGGCCCAGUGUGAGGGUGUAUGGUAGUCACAGGCCAUGCCAGCCCCGGUGGGCCAGUGCCUCCCGUGGGUGACCACCCUGCAGUUUUACCGACGUUGCGCCGAGGUCAAAAGUGUUGAACCCCCAGGUGGUACAAACCUUUCCCUGCGUGUGUGUGUGUGUGUGUCCUAAACUUGGGUUUGCGGCACCGCGUUAACCCAUCUGGGCCAGAUCGUCCUUAAAAAUAGCUCCAAAAACCAAACCAGCCCCCUUUCUCCCCCGCUGCACCCCCCUCCUCCCCCUUUCAGGUUUGCCCAUCAACGACUUCCGCAGAGCCCUUCUCCGUGUUCCCCACUGAUUUUCCCUUGCUCUCUGAAAGGAGUUAUCUCUGUGCGAUGGCAACGGCAGAGCUGAGGGAACCAGCUGCUGCUCAGCCCUAUUUUCAGUGGGUUUUUCCCCUUUUUACCACUCGGGUGGUUUGUGUCGGGCUCGGUUUUUACCACGAGGUUUAAACGCAACUGGGAGCCAGUUGCCUCCAAGGGAGUGUUAUUACACACAGGUCACAAGGGUGGGCAGGGCUAAUCAGUGAGACCGGGGAAAAAAACAAAA